CAAACCGUCACGUACACAACCAACAUAAUAAGUACGUAGUAGGUAUGUCCGUACAUACAUAAAUAUAAGUGUUCUACUACUAUUGUGUGUAUUUGUCUUCGUGUCCCUAUCCUCUGUUUUUUAUUUAGGAAUUCUUAUGUUUUGUAGUUAUAAUAAAAAUUAGUUUAUUUGAUAAUGAACUGAUCGACAAUCGAACGAAUGUACGUCAAGUAUUCCUUGUGACAAUGAGCUUAGUAUACAAGCAAAUUGCAUUGUGUAAGGCUUGAUUGGCUGUCACGGAAUAAAUUGCAGCAGCCGAAAAGUGAAAAUGUUCGUGGCCGAGUCCGUUAUCUUGUGUGAUGUAUGAGUACGAUAACGUAAGAAAGACUGAUGAAGAAGAAGAAGAUGGAAUUCUGAGUUAACUAUUUAGCUGGCUGUCUCGCAUACCGCGGCACGAUGGAUCCCUCAAUAUUUUUGCAAUAUACGCCCCCGAAUGGGCUUCCCCAAGAGUCGAAGUUGGCAACUUAUAUGAAUCGUUCUACGUCGACUCCCACCAGGUCUCUGAACCAAGCAUUAGGUAAGCUCAGCUUGGAGUCUUCCCCUACUGCCAUCAAAAAGGUUCUUAUUAGUGAAUUUGUGCCGGUCAACUAUUAUAGUCCCACAAACAUUCUCCCGGACUCCCCUGAGAGCUCGCCGCCAUCCACAUUGGCUGCUGUUCCCCCAAACACACAAGUGCAUCAGGAAAAUGUAGGAGGUACUACAUAUUUUUACUCUACCAAUUCAGACAGUCUGAGCACAUCAGGGGGACUGAAUUCUUCAUCAUCUAUUGGUGGGGCUGACACAUGUCUUGGCGCUGUAGGUCCGAGCGCGGCGGCUUCGCCGUACGCCUCUCAGAUCUAUGCUGGUACACCGACACACUUGGGACCUGGUCCGAUGACUUCUAAACCAGGUCUGGCCGCCUCGUUCUACAUGCCAGAGACAAUCAGAUCGGAGGUGUACCAGAGAAACGAGGAUGUGUUUCUGCAGACCGAUCUCCGUCAAUAUCCAGACUUACCAGAGAACGUAGAGAUGUACUCGGAACUGACGCCCCUGGAAUCGGCCGCGCCCCACACCAUGGCUACGUCAUUCCGCGCCACGCACCGUCAAAGCGGCGACCAUUACGCUUUACGACGUCUACACGCGUAUGGCGCCAUAGUCACCAAGCGACUCGAGAUGUGGAAGCAGAUUGACCAUCCCAAUGUCGUGAAACUACAUGAUUAUUUCACGACUAAGGCUUUUGGCGACCAUUCGAUGGUGCUAGUUUACGACUAUCAUCCCGCGUGCGUGACCCUAAUGAACAAGUACCUUGCCGGUGGAGCCACCAACCCGGUGCAAGAUGCCAACGGAGCCUUCCACGACCCCUUUUCUUCGGACCCAGACGCCCCACGACCGUACACUCAUCAGAAAAACGCGAUGCUUCGAGCGGUCGCGUGUGGCGCCUUGCUGCCGGAAGCGGUGUUGUGGAGUCUUUUGGUACAACUCACGGCCGCGCUAAGAUCCAUACACUCAGCCGGCCUCGCUUGCAGAACUCUGGACCCGACUAAAGUGGUGAUGAAUGGGUGUCGAGUCAGAGUUGCGUGGAGCGGAUGCGCGGACGCACUGCAUACUAACGCCAAUGAUGUUCAACAGGCUCAACAAGAAGACUUGACGGCGCUGGGCAGGCUGGCGUUGGCUCUGGCGUGCCGCACCAUACACUGCGACAAUCUCUCCGCUUGCAUGGACCUCGUUGCGAGAACUUACUCCGCCGAUCUCAAGAACCUUAUACUAUAUUUGUUGUCUACGUCAGCGGCGCGACGGUCGGUCACAGAUCUCAUGCCUAUGAUUGGAGCGAGAUUUUAUACGCAGGUGGAGGCUCUAGAACGGCGCGCGGACGCAUUCGAGGACCAACUCGCCCGCGAAAUAGACAACGGGCGAUUGUUACGAAUUCUCAUUAAACUAGGAGUUGUCAACGAGCGUCCCGAAUUGAACAUGGACGCGUCUUGGUCGGAGACGGGUGACCGUUACAUGUUGAAAUUGUUCCGAGACUACUUGUUCCACGCGGUCUCGCCCGACGGUAGGCCCUGGCUCGACCAGGCGCAUCUCACGCACUGCCUGAAUCAACUCGACACUGGAUCGGAAGCUAAGGUGGAGCUAAUGUCGCGAGACGAACAAAGCGUACUGGUGGUUUCGUACGCGGAACUGAAACAUUGCCUAGAGCAGGCAUUCGAAGAGGUGAUGCAAGCGGCCGCGUCCCCAACCUAGGCUCUGUCCACCCUGGCGGCCGCUGUAGACGCGUGUAUAUUUGUCAAUUCUGCCGCCUCUAGUUCGAUCAUUCUACUAUUCGGUCCCACAAAUUUUAAUGACAUAAUUAAUCCUGAUUUUGGCACGUAGGAUAUUUUUUUAUGUACGUUAUUUGGAAUGAUUAUUUAAGCAAUAUAUUUAUAUUGCAAAUUUUGUCAUCAAAAUUUGUGGGAACCAUUCUAAUGUUGCUGUAAGCAGUGGUAAACGCUCAAUUAAGAUGUUUGCGCGUUUCGUGUGGCUGGUAGGGCAUCUUACAUUUAUAUGUUUUGAUCAUACGAUGAGUUGUUAUUAUAUUCACAAUUAAUCACAUAGAA